CUCUCUCUCCCGCUUCGCUCUCGGCUCAUGAAAUUGAAUAAGUGCGCACAUCCCGAUAUUACCAUAGUUCAGUGUCGAUAACAACAUGGCGUUUGCCACUUGAUCUUCGCCCGUACGUCUGUCGACUCGAUUUUGCGUGAUCGCUCACGCUUUCCUGAAUUAUCUCUUCAUAAGGACGAAUAACGCGUCGCCUCACGUCACCGACGGCCCGGUGAGCGGCGAACGUUGAUGACAGCAUGGCGCCGAGAGUCUAACCUAACCUAGAAAUCACCCAGUCAUCCCGUUCACUCAUGACAGAGUGAACCGAGUUCCCGAGCGCGUUUUUGUUCGCCGAGUUUUAAAGCAUGACCGUCUGGGAGAGGCUGCGUAAUCCAUGCGGCUGGCGCGCCGGUGCCAAGCAGAUUUCCGUGGACGCGAUGCUGCCACUCGUAGUGGUGCCGACGUUGGCGGUGAUCGCCGCCCAGGCCGUCCUCUGCACGAUCAUCGUGUUCGUGACCACGCCGAUCCUCGUCUACUACCUGUACCACAAUUUCCUGCGGUUCCUGCUGCGCACCAAGUUCUUCCUCAUGUGGACGAUCACGAGCGUGCUGAUGCUGAUGCUCGUGUUCGAGAUCAGCGUGGUGCCGCUGCUGGAGAUCCUGCCCGAGGAGAACUUGCUGUUCAUGGUGUGCGUGAUCGGUGGUAUCUGGUGCGGCUAUCGGGCCAAGCUGAACGCGGACUACGCGGCGCAGGAAGGCGUCCUCGUGCAGGGUCUGGAGCUGGGCGAAGGCAGCGGCGAGCUCUGCACCGCGUGCAGGAGACGGGCGCCACCCAGGGCCCAUCACUGCCGCCUGUGCCAGACGUGUAUACUUAACAGGGAAUAUCAUUGCAAAUGGUUGGACUGCUGCAUAGGUUCCAGCAACCUAAGGUGGUACCUAGGCUGUUUAUUCUUUUCUGCGAUCGCCUUCAUUUAUGGUUCCAACCUGACCAUGACCAGCGUCUGUCAUCCAUUCAUUCUCAUCGGGACUGUACUUCUACCGGAUGACUGCAGCGACGUGUAUCACCAGUUAGACAUCGCUCUUUGCUUUGUCUCCGCUCUCUACAGUCUCCUGGUCGGUCUAGUGGUCUUUUGCUAUCUCAUGUAUCACCUCUGGUUGCUCUACCAAGGCACGACGUCGAACGAGCGACGGUUGGACGCCGGGAGUCAGUAUGAUCAUGGAAUAUUGAAGAAUGUCUCACGGUUAUUUUGCUGCAAAACUUAGGUAGCAAUUGUUUAGGCUAGACUAACGAAUUUCACUUCGCAAAGUGUGCGUGCACUACGUUCCGUACAGGAGUAUAUUACGAAAUCAAACUCGAUGCAACUAGGGAAUUAUCGUUGAGGCCGUGAGAGAUUUCAUUCAUGGCGCGCUAACUCGACUAAAUCAGCGGUAAAGCGGCGGUAAAUUAGAGCGUACUUGUUACCAUCGGCCCUAUCGCCAUGCUCCAUCGAUUCAGUGUAAUGUCAGGUACUUGCGUGUUUAACGCUUCGUAAACUUCGGGCGAGUGCAAUGUUCGCUGUGCUCGUAACGUUGCCCUCACGAGACCGCGCGUGGCAGCAACAUAUCGCGAGACGUCAACUCGCUUUAUAGUCACCAUUAUUCUUAACGUGUCAUUGUGCAAACCAUUUGUAUAUUUAUUGUAACUGUGAUAAAGUGGCCAUUGUGUACGAGUAA